AUGGCCCUUCUUAAGCCCAUGAUCCUCGAAUAUUUCUCAAGCCUCUUCACUUUGGAGGUUGAUGAGGUAGACCUGGUUGUUAUGGAAAAGGUUCACAAAAAAGUUUCUACUCAAAUGAAUGAGCGUCUUCUUGCUCCUUUCACACCAGAGGAAGUUAAAAAAGCUGCUUUCAGUAUUGGAGACUACAAGGCACUCGGGCCUGAUGGCCUCCAUGCAGUUUUUACAAGAAUUUAUGCCAAGAUGAAAAAGCAACCUGGUAACAAAAAUCUCAGGUGGUCUAAACCUGUACCGCGCCAAAUAAAAGUCAAUGUGGAUGGCUCCUUCCUCCAUGAUGAUCAUACAGGUGUUGUUGGAGCAAUCUUAAGAGAUCAUGAUGGCCAUUUUAUUGCUGCUUCUACCAUGUACAUCCCAAACUUGGCGUCGGUAGCUGUAGGGGAAGCCAUGGCAUUACGAGAAGGGUUAUCUUUGGCUCACCAUAUAGGAUGUAACAACGUGAUUGCGGAAUCGGAUUCAUUAGAAAUUGUUGAGGCUUGCACCGGAGCUGAAGUGUGGUGGGGAGACUCGGCUCCUGUCUCCGCGGAUUGUGUUGAUCUCAUGGCUCUUAUUGGUACAGUGCAGGUCCAGCAUUGCCCAAGUGAAGCUAAUGGAGCAGCUCACAUGUUGGCGAAGUUUUGUUCAUCUGAUAAAAGUUCUUGUAAUUGGGUCGACGAACCCCCUAGCUUCCUUUUAGAUAUGCUUGUAAACGAUGUAACUAUCCUGUGA